AAUCUGUGUUCAUGAGUUUGCGCGUUAAGUUGUAAUUUCUAACCUAUUUUUAAUGUUUGAGGAUAUAGUUUUUGAAACUUGAAAAUGUGCCUGUAGUUUAAGAAAUUACUUCGAAAUAUCAUAGUAUAACAUUACGCGUGUGUACAUUUAAAAAUAUGCAAUUAAAAAUGUCAAAAUCGUUUAAUCAAAAUGCUGUAAAGCAGUUAUUACUGCAAGAAAAUAAAUUUAUUUUAGAUAUAUUUUCAAAAAUGCCAAUAUCUGCAUUAGAUAACAAGGAUAAAUUAGUUACACCUUUGAAGAAGAAUAUGUUAAACGAUAAUAUUUUCUCAAGUUUAGGUGAAAAAAAGAAAAGAGCACAAACAUUUGAAGAGCUACAUGCUAGAUUAGAGGGAUUAAAAAAUAUUAAACGACUAGGAUAUAAAGAAAAGCAGUUAAAAAAAAAUCUGAAAACCAGAAUAAAAAAGAUAUCAAAGAAGAAAGAGCGAUUAAUGCAAAAAAAAAUAAUAAAGACAGAACAAAAUGGAGAUACCUUAUUUGAAAUAAAAAAAGAAGAUAGUGAAAUACCAAAAAUUCCAAAACCAAAGCCAGUGUUUAAUUCAGAAGGUAACAUGGUAUUUAGUAAGUUUGAUUUUUCUGAAAUUGGGACAAAGAAAAAACCACCCAAAAAGGAUACAAAAAAAAUAUUGCUCGAGUUGAAACAAAAAAAAGAAAAGUUAAAAGCAAUGGAAAACUUAGGUGAAAAAGAAAAAGUAGAAGAAAUUAAAGAAAAGGAUGCAUGGAAAACAGUUUUGGAAAAAUCUAGUGGUGAAAAGGUGAAAAAUGAUCCAGAUUUACUUAAACGAAGACUAAAAAGAAAAGAAGGUAAAAAAAAACAAAGUGCAAAAAAAUGGGAAUCUAGAUUAGAAAAUGUACAGAAAGGAAUUCAAGAAAGGCAAAGCAAACGGCAGAAUAAUAUUACAAAGAGAAAGAAAGAAAAAAAGAUAAAUAAGUUAAAAAAGGCUGCUAAAAAAGGACGAGUAAUACCUGGAUUUUAAAUAUAACAAAAAAAUAUUUAAAAUUAACAAAAUCUAACAAAAAAAUAUUUAUAUAUUAUGUAAUUUCUGUUAGAGUCAGUUAAUUUUUUAUAUUAAAAAUAAUUCAAAUUAUAAAUUGUGUAAAUUACAUUCAAUAAUUCAUUAUGACAAAUUUGUACUAACAUAUUAUUGAUACAUUAGAAUACAACGAUUAUUUUUUGCUGUGUCAUUUAUUAAAAACAGAGCAUACAUUUACAUGCAGAAACAGAGAAUGUUACAUUUACAUUAUAUAUCUUAUAUUUUCUGCUAAUUUUUAUGCCUAACGUAACAACAAAAUCAGUAACAUUGUUCUUAUAAUAAAACAAUCAACGGAAUGUGAUUUCAAAUAAUACUUAUAAUUUUA